AUGGCGGAUUGGGAAGCAAAUGAUCUCCAGCAGCAGCAGCAGCAGCCACGCUUCCUCAUAUGGGGAGGUAACGGCUGGAUUGCUGGUCAGUUGAAGCGCCUUCUGGAGGAGCAGGGCAAGGAAGUUCACACUACAACAAUCCGUAUGGAAAAUCGAGAGGCCGUGCUUGCGGAACUCUUCCUUACCAGGCCAACACACGUUCUGAAUGCUGCCGGAUGCACUGGGAGACCAAAUGUCGACUGGUGUGAAGACAACAAGCCCCAGACGGUACGAUCCAAUGUCAUUGGCACGCUGAACUUGGCAGAUGCCUGCUUCCAAGCCAAGAUCCAUUGUACCAUCUUCGCUACUGGCUGCGUGUAUCAAUACGACCAGAAGCACCCCAUCGGAGGGCGUGGUUAUACAGAGGAGGACCAGCCAAAUUUUGAAGGAAGUUUUUACUCUUUGACCAAGAGCCACGUGGAGCCGAUCCUCAGCAGCUACUCCAACUGCCUUAUCCUUCGUCUUCGCAUGCCUGUUAGCGAUGACCUUCAUCCGCGAAACUUUGUGACAAAGCUCCUUGGAUACGAGAGAGUGGUUGACGUUCCCAACAGCAACACCAUGCUACAUGAUCUUCUGCCUGCUUCCAUCAUUCUUGCAGAGCAUGGUGAGACUGGCGUCUACAACUUUACCAACCCGGGUUCUAUCUCUCAUAACGAGGUUCUCAAGCUCUUCAAGGAAAUUGUGAGGCCAGAAUUUAGCUGGAAGAACUUUACCCUGGAAGAGCAAGCCAAAGUCAUCAAGGCUGGCCGCAGCAACUGCGCACUGGACACGACCAAGCUGGUUGCCAAGCUCGGGGAGUAUAGAUAUAGGGUUCCCGAGAUCCACGAAGCCUACAAGAGGUGCUUCAAGCGCAUGAAGGCAGCGGGAGUCAAAUGA